GGGGUAAAACGUUAGUUUCAGUUAACGUUUGACAUAUCAAAUCACAAUUAUAACAAUAAAAAAAACAAAACAAAAAGCGGUAGACAAAAGGCUCUGAAGCCCUCUUUGUUUUUAGUUUUUAUCUCCCUACUCUGUGAUUGGCUCCCUGGUGGUGAACCUGUUGCUGCCAUUGAUUUCUACAGGUUGCUGCCCGUUAAACAUUUAGCGGGAACCUUUAUAAUAGCUAACACCAAAAGGUUAGCUUUUAUUUCCUAGUUCCCCAGAACGACUGUACUGUGUGUUUCUGGUUAUUGUUCCCAUGUAAUUACAAGAGCAUAAUCUAUAGAAUAACUUCGCGGUAGGUCAAAGUAGUGUGCUAGAGACAAGUUAAGUAGAGGGCUACAUCAGCUAGAAACUAGAACGUUAGCUAGCUAGUUGCGAUUUACAGUAUGGCGUGUGCACAGCAAGUGAGAACAUCACAGAGCACUCAGCUGUUUCCUAAUCAGAUUGUCUCGGAGCAGCAGUCAUUGGUUGUUAUGAAGAAGCUUCUGGCCAUUGCAGUAUCUGGCAUCACAUACCUCAGGGGCAUUUUCCCGGGGAAAGCCUAUGGGAAAAAAUAUGUGGAAGAUCAGCAAGUGAUGAUUCUCAGAGAGGAGCACAGCUGUCCUGGUGCCACUCAGAUUCUUCAGUGGAUGCAAGGAUGUUUUGAUGCCAUCGAAAAGAAAUACCUUCGGACAGUCAUUAUAUCUAUUUAUACCGACCCAGAGAACCCACAGAAAGUGACCGAGUUUUACCACUUUAGGAUCCAGUACUCUGCAGCAGGGGCACACAUGGAUUUUGAAAGCAAUAACAACAUCAAAGUCUCAUCAAUGUCAUGUGGAAACACCAGGAAAGCCAUCAUCCUGCUGGUGAGGAAGCUCUACACUGUGAUGCAGUACCUGGGCCCUCUGCCAGAAAAUGUCUACCUCAACAUGAAGCUGGCUUACUAUGACGAUGUUACUCCUCAGGCAUACCAACCACCCGGCUUUAGGGAGGCUGACUGUGACACUAUGGAGUUUGAACAGGAACCUGUUAAACUGACCAUGGGGGAGGUGGUCAGCCCCUACCAUACCUUAAAGUUUGACAUGGCCACAGAAAGACACAGGCUAGAGCAGGUGGAGGAAAAGUGGGUCUUGAAGAUAGAUGAAGAGGAUGUCAUCACCCAGAGUGAAGACCCUAAAUGUGUGGAGGAGGCUCAAAAGGAGAACACAAUCCUGGAGAGCACUGAGGUGCAGGUGAGCUGUCAUGAGGAGAUCAAUACUUGUGAGGAAGUCACAGAGAUGGACACUCUGGUGAAGAAGACUUCUUAUAUGGAGGUGGGGAUGAAAAGGACCAGGAGUGGAAGGAUCAUCAAGCCAACUAUGGCUUCUCAGUUUCCCACCAGUCAGGAAACGCCGUCCACCGACUUGCCUACAAAGAAACGUAAGUUUAGCGAGCCUAAAGAACACUACUGACAUCACAGCCUACUGUUAAUCCAGCAGUGAUGUUUUUUUCUUUUUUGAAUUUCGAUUUUGAUCACAAGUUCCACAGUUUGAUUUUUAGAACGUGUUACUGACUUUUUUUGCCGAUGUUUCAGAAACAUUUUGAGGUUGUGCCAUUACUGUCCGAUGGUUAGGUUUGUUGUUUGAAUGACAUAGUGAUCUGAAAUACAUUGUUAAAUGAUGUUCAUCAGUAAUGUUGGAAUACCUAUGCCCAAAACAGUGUUUGUUACUUUUUAAUGGUUGUUUGUUUUAUUGUAACCAUUAUAUAUGGCCUAUGUAUAAAUCAGUUUGCAAACUUUAAUUAAAUAGAAAGAGGGCA